GGGAACCUUCGGGGUGGUGAAGCGUGUCGUCCACAGACGGACGGGGGAAGUGUUCGCUGCUAAGUUCCUCCCUGUGAGGAGCAGCACUCGGACCAGAGGCUUCCAGGAGAGAGACCUGCUGUCCCGCCUGGCGCACCCCCGAGUCGCCUGCCUGCUCGACUUCUUCUGCACCCGACGCACUCUGGUGCUCAUCACAGAGAUCUGCUGCUCUCAUGGACUUCUGGACCAUCUAUUACUGAAAGGAUCCGUCUCAGAGAAAGAGGUCCAGUCUUACAUCCAGCAAAUCCUGGAAGGAGUCGGUCACAUUCACAGCAUGAACAUCCUGCACCUGGACAUUAAAGUGAGACUUCCUGUCUGA